AUGCGCGGGACCGGGGUUCGCACGGCCUUCGCAGGCCACGAAGACGUCCACAAGGUGGGUGGUUCUUCAGCCAAAACGUUAGCCGCUGGUGUCGAUGAACUCCCACUGGUUCGUCGCUUUGUGGAGCCCCGCUUUUACGAGACUCUCAGCUUCACGCAGUGUGUGAUCUAUCUUGUGGGGUUUUCGGAAGGACUUACCCACCUUGCGGCGUUGGCGAUCUACUACAUGCUUAAAGACGACCUGGGUCUAACGCCACCGCAGGUCUCGGCCAUUUUUAUCGCUCCAGCGGUCCCGUGGAUUCUGAAGUUUGUAUUUGCCACGGAUGCUGAUAUACGUGCCCUUUGCGGAUACCGCAGGAAGCCCUACAUGAUGAUCUUUAGUAGUUUAGAAGGGCUGGGAUUUGUGAUCUUGGGGCUCCUUCCUGCAUCAGUCCCCACUGCCAUUCUUGCCCUUUUUAUCAUAUCACUCUCAGCCUCGUUCUGCUCCGCUGUUGCGGAGGCCCUUGUUGUGGAGAGUACCGCAGGGAAAACUCUAGAUCAGGUAUGCUAAAACGUCUCAGACUUCAUCACAGCCAAGGCGCUUGGGAGCCUGAUUGUGGCAUAUCUAUCUGGCUAUCUUUUGGAAAAGGACUUCAAACAAAGCAUCUUCAUGGCAACCGCUGUCUUUCCUCUGUUCAUAACUGCAUCUCCCUCUUCAUUGCACGACCGUAACGACCCCGCGGCCCGCAACUUGGCACAACAAUUCCGCGCCCUCAGCACUUUCCUCCAGCAUUCCAUCAUAUGGGGACCGGCUAUAUAUAUCUUCAUCUACAUGGCGGGCCCGGAUUAUGACGACGCACUGUUCUUCUACUUCACGAAUAAGCUCGGCUUCUCACCCACCUUCAUGGGAACGCCUACGAGUGCCUGCAGAUUUACAUAUGGCAUCGCUGCGCUUCUCGGGGUCUUACUAUAUAGAUAUGUCUUUCGGCAAGCGGGCUUCCGCCGCACACUACUGUGGACUAUCCUCAUAGCCGUGCCCAUUUAUAUAUCUCCAGUCAUCUUGGUCACCGGCUUCACCAGAAACUCGGCAUUAGCAAUCAAGCGUUGUCCUGGCGGCGGCUUUCUUAUAGAAGCGGUACACGGAAUUCAACUGCUCCCGCUUCUAGUCCUUACCGCUUCUAUAUGCCCUCCAGGCCUGGAAGGAAGCGUCUACGCCAUGAUGAUGUCGAUUCGCAAUUCUGGGUCCAUGACCUCUCGUGGUCUCAGCGCCUUGUUCGCGUGGCUCUUUGGGAUCACAGCGACUAAGUUUACUCACUUAACAGCAUAUACUUUGUGCGGAGCGUCCCUGUUGAUUCCCCUCUUCUUCCUUCACUUAAUACCAAGCAACGCCGAAAUCGAACGAGUGAAGGAGAAACACGACAAAAUAUACAAGGAAAUACAAAGGCAACAGAGCGCGUAA